AUGCUUUACACACACUCGCAGAAAUUACUUGUAGCUCUGGCAUUAUUGACUACAGCAAUAAACUGCGUAAAAACUGCCGGAGUGCCAAAAGAACUUGCUAAAAACAGUGAAACCAGCGUCUGGCAAGUCGUCAGCCGCAUAUUUAGAUGGCUUGUCGACAACUGCAUAAUAAAUGAUAUGAAGGAUCUUAGUCAAUUGCAUUGGAACGACAAAACUACGAACGUGCUUGGAAAAUGUUUGAAUCGCAAAGGACUGCGAGCACUCGAUAAAGCAUUGAACCGUGGCAGAAUUGUUAAUAGUAAUAAUACCUCCCUAGCGGAGCGAAAUAAUGAUACUAAAUUUCACAUCAUGGACCAGAGGUAAGAAUUUGUGACAUACACAUCAGUA